UAGGCAAUACAGCCGCCAUUUUAACGUCAAUCGGUGCGUGAUGUUCGGCAAGUUUUGAUGAUUGUGUGAAUAACAAAUCUCGGAGCAAUCUCAUAUUCGGGAGGACGUGAGUCAUGGCGGAGUAUUUAGCAUCUAUCUUCGGUACCGAGAAGGACAAAGUAAAUUGCUCCUUUUACUUUAAAAUCGGCGCCUGCCGUCACGGCGACCGAUGCUCACGUAUCCACAACAAACCUACAUUUAGUCAGGUAUGUAUUAUAGCGAUUUCGGCUGAGAUGUACCGAUUGCACAUUUCGGGUGUUGUGUGUUCGGCUGGUCGAAUGAUGCAGUCUCUCGCCAGUAAAGCGGCGUCUACAAUGAGACUUAAAGACUUAAGAUUUAAGAAAAUUGACCAAUUACAAUCGAUUAUCAAGAGACACGGCAGUCUUGGUCAAGUAUUUAACUACUAAAAAAAUUGUAUACAUAUUAAU